ACCUGCAUCUGGGACUGGGUCGCUCUCCCCCUCAGAACAAGGUUGUCUGGAAAUAUCUUCAAGUAUACAAGGAGAUUCACCCUCUCAGCAAGGCUAUACAGGAAAUUCAUUAUAUUCACAAGAGGCCCUCAGACUGCCCAAAUCAGCACAGGAAUCAUUCGGACAUUCAUCAUCUGCUCAAGGCUCUCCAGAUAUGUCUUUGUCAUCCCAAGAGGCUUCAGGCCCUUCUUUGGACCAUGCGUCUUUAGGAAAGUCAUCAUCUGAAGCAGGAAAUCUUGGACUUUCUGACUCAGAUCAGGAGAUACUAGAAGCUCCACUAUUUACCCAAAGUAUUUUAGAAAUGCCAUCUUCUAACAAAGGGAUUACAAAAACUUCAACAAUUUCCCAAGAUUAUUUAGAACAUCUGCCUCCUUCAGUGAAGACUCUGCAACCUUCUGUUAUAUCAGAAACCUCAGAACCUUUGCCAACAGUCAAAGAGGUUUGUAAGACUUCAGAAUCUGAGUCAGGUGCUCUGGAAUCUUUACCAUCUUUUUUAGAGGCUCUGAGACAUUUGACCUCUGACCAAUGUACUCUAGGACCUUCAUUACAUGAUCAAGGAAGUCUGGAGCCAUCAACACCUCUCCAUGAGACUCUUGGAAACCUCAAACCAUCCCAAGGGGUUCUAGAACCUAUGCCAUCUACCCAAGAAGGUGUAGGAACUUCUUUUUCAACGGAGGUUUGGGGAUUGUCCACUUGUGCACAUGACGACUUUAUUCCAAUUCCUUCUCAUGGUGACUGUCUGAGAUAUUCCUCUUAUCCUAAUAAAAGCCAUAGACAUUUCAAUUCUACCAAAAAAAUACCAAGGCAUGCUCCAUUUCCUGAAGGAGAUAUCAGAUAUUCACUUUCAGAACUAGAUGUCUUAAGAUCAUCUUCUGCCAAAAGUAGGCUCACAUCUUCCAUAUAUGUCAGAAAGAACUCAAGUUCUACCUCUACUCCUCCAAGGAGUGUCUCACCCCCAGAAUCAUCAGAAUUGAACUUCAGAUCUAGUUCCCCUUCUAGAAAAUAUUUCAGAUGUUCUCCCUCUCCACAAGGUGGCUCCAGACAUUCAAAAUCAAAGAAAACAAAAUCAAAACAUGAUUCUAAAGAAUCAUGCCUCAAAUCUGUCCCAUCAGAAGAAAAAGGGUUGAAAUUUCACCAUUCUCCCAAAAAGGAGGGCAGAGAUACAGUUUCUAACAAAGUUAAUGCAAGGCCUAAAAGUGAUCCCAAAAAGAGCCCCACUACUACUUCUGCUAAGGGAGGUUGUAGAUCCUCCCGAUCUCAUGAGGAGGUCCUCAAAUGUUCUCCAUCUUCCCAAGGCAGCCCUAGAUGUUCCAGAUCUUCCAAAAUCAAAUUGGAACAGGUUCCCUCUAACAAAACAGAUGUUCAUGUUUCCCAUUCAGAACAUGAGGUCUGCAAACUACACUUUUUGUCCAAAACAGAGUCCAAAAAUUCAUCCUCCAAAAGGGACCAGAAACCAAAAGCUACUCCUCAAGAGUGCAUAGAAUCUUCCCUCUCUAUGGCAGGCUGCAGAUUCUCACAGUCUCAUGAGGAGGGCGGCAGAAGUUCUGCAUCACCCCAAGGCAAUCAUAAACAUUCCAGGUCUAUCAAAACUAAAUUGGAACAGGCCCCCUCUAACAAAGCAGAUGUGCAUGCUUCCCAUACAGAACAUAAGGGCUGUAAGAAUCUCCCAUUGUCACAAAGAGGAUUUAGACAUGCUUCAUCUGUCAAAAGGGACAAGGAACCAAACGCUACUCCCCAAGAGAGCAUAGAAGCUUCCACGUCUGCAGAAGAGGACAUAGGAACUACUCCCUCUCAUGAAGAGACUCUCAGACAUUCUAUCUCUCCUCAUGAGACUUCCAGCCUUACUUCUUCUUCUACCAAAACAAGACUCUGGCAUUCCCCUUAUACUCAAGAAGUCAUCAAAACUCCCAGUGAGGCCCAACAAAGCUUCAGGUCAUCUCCAGAUGGAGACAGUCCCACUGGGAGUGUCAAGUCUUUCUCAUCACCCGAAUGCAAUGAUGUCAGACAUCCUGUUUCUACAAAGGAGGACUUUAAACACACUCUUUCUGUUCAAGAGGGACAGAAACCUUCCACUGAUGCCAGAGAGGGGAGUGGGGCAUGGAUUCCUGUACAGUGGGGACUCAUAUAUUCACCAAUUCCAAAAGCGAGUGCCACAUCAUUCCCUGUUGUCCAAGGAAAUUUCAGACAUAGUCGACCUCAACUAGCAGACCUGAGAUCUUCCCUUUCUUACCAAGGAAGAGACACAGGCUUCCAAUAUGAACAUGGGACCCCCAUAUGUAACCCUUCUCUCCUAGGAGGCCACAGAUAUUCACGUUCAUUCCCAUGCAAUCUCCGAAGGAUCCCCUUGCCAAAAAAGAGCCUUAGCUCUUACCUCUUCCCUCAAGAAGGCACCAGGUCUUCUCAGUGUGACCAAAGGGGCCUCAGACUUUCCUGUGGCCACCCCAUCCAAGGCAGCUUUAGAAUGUUUCAAUCUGAAAGAGAGAGCCUCAAGAAUAGCCCAUCUAAAACACUGAGCCACAGAUUUCCUCCUUGUCACCAAAGGGAAUACAGAAAUGUGCCCUCUAAUGUAGAGUGGGUUAAAACUUCAAUUUCUGCCCCAGGAAGCCCACAAUACAAUCCUUCUGCCCAUGGAGGCUUCAAACCUUACACGCCUGUCAAACUGAAGUUCUAAAAAUGCUCAUCUCAAGAGGGAAUACUCUCUGUUAUCAUGCCAUCUUUAUAUCAUCUUAUGCACAGGCCAGCCUCAUAUUUUUCUACUCUGUGUCUCACAUAAACCACAGGAGUUUAUAACUUUUCCUACUCAUCAAAAACCCGUUAAACCUUGAAUUUCCAUUCCCGACUAUUCCAGAUGUACAUUGAGGCAUCAGAUUGGUUCAUUUGACUAUAAAGAAGGCAGGCAUUUUCCAUCUGAUUAUUAAUAGGUCACAGUUUCUACACAGAACAUGAUAAACAAUCUAUUACCCACUGAGAAUAGCAUGUGCUUAUUCUGACUAAUGUUGCCCGAGAUUUACUUCAUAUGGUUUAGCGGGUGACAGAUUAACUCCCUCUGUCUAAGAAGUUCUGAGUGUUUCUUAUUCUAAUCAUCUGACUUCAAAGCCUCUGUCCAAAAAUAAAACUACCCUGGUGCCUGAAGUUUUAGAGCGUUAGAACAUCCAGCAGUGCCCUAAACCCAGUAUAUAUGCCUUAACUUGAUCAGGAGAAAUAAAAAAAUGAAUAAAUCACAGGAACAGAAGUAGUUAACUGAUUUGGUCCAGAGACAUUGCCUCCUAGCAUGUUGAAGACUGAUCACACUGCUGCCUGCACUGCAAGACAUGGAUAUUCUACAUUCCCAUGAAGAUUGAUCAGGAAAUGUUCAGACUUCUUUAAUUCCCAAAUUGACUCUUGAUAUUCCAUGCUUCCCACAAGAGUCUUUGACCUUUCUGCAUUCCCCAAAAUAGCAUAAGGCUUUCUGUCUCUAAAAACAGAAAAUUUUGUACUCAAAAUUCCAUUUCUCUGGAUGCUUCAUUCUCAUUCUGUACAGAGGUUCUCCAAUAUUAUUUUCUGACAAAGGGGCCUCAGACUUAUUCCUUCAGGCCCAGGAGGACUCAUCCUUUGCCCCAGUGACUGAAGUGGAGCUCAAAUUAUUUUCCAGGACUCACUGGGUGCUCAGGCACAACUCUUCUGAACCAGGAUGCAGAAUUCACUCCACCAAUUCUCAAGAAGGCUAUAGCCCCACCGCAACAGAACCAAAGCUCUUCAAAACAGAUGUAUGAAUGAAAGGAUCUUCUGACCUCUCCUUCAGCACUGGGGGGGUCUCAGAUCUUUUCCAAUGGCCAAAGUGGCCUCAGUCUUUUUUGUCUAUAUUGAAAGUAACCCAUAACUUUUAUCAGUAAACUUAUUACCUGUCAACAACAAAAGCUUCAGUCUGCUCCACUUCAGGGUUCAAGGGAAGAUUGACACACCUUUCCUUUGAGAAUCAGGAGACCUCAAACAUUCUCUAAUUGCCCAAAUGGACCUCAUAUUUAUAACUUCAUAACAAGGGUUUUGUGCACAUCCUCAAUGCUGAAGGGAGCCUGAGAUGUAAUGUGAGAAGCAAAGAUGUCUCAGACUUCCCCAAUGCUCCAAGAAGACCAGAAAUACAAACCCUUUAGAAUUAAUGAGCCAUAGAAUUUCUUCUAAAUUACACUGGAGAGUAAGAUUCAUUCCCGAACCAGGACAGUUCAGACCUCCAGCUACCAACUCCAUCAUGUCUUAGAUAUACCCCUCAAAAUUAAAUUAAUUCACUAAUUGAGGAAGCUUACACCUUGAUGCACUAUCUUCUCAAGAGGGUUAUAAAUUUAUUUACUUCAACCACAGUAAACCCUAAUUUUUCAUACUUUGUCAAAGGAGGGUUUCUCUAACAUGCUGUCUUUGAACAAGAAAACAUAGCUUCCUUUGUCUCUACUGGAGGAGUCUGAGACAAACCCGUUUGAUAAAGUAAGCUACAGAACCGGCCCUGUGACUGAAAAAGCUCUCAAAAAUUCAGACUUGGUUGACAGGUACUUGAGAUUGACUCCCUAUUAUCAGGAAAACAUAGGAACUUCUCUUUGUGUUCAUGGCCUACUCAGGUCUACCAAAUAACUAAUAGAGACUACAGCGUGUCAUUCAGAACUGAAUGGCCAGUAAAUACACUUCUGACCACCAAAAGAACCUCAUGGAACUCUACAUUGAAGUUGCAUGGCAGAAGAAUAAAAAGUACCCUGGAUCUAAGAUCAUCUGUUUUCAUGCUGCACACCAGAUAUAUGCCUGUCCUCCAUGUCUACACCUGUGCAGCCUUUCCACAGUUUAAGUAGGUAGGGAACAGACCUAGGGACUAUAAUUCAACUUGUAAGAAGAACCAUCUGACUGUCAUUAUGCCUCAAAAGGAGUCCUCAGAGAAAAGAAUUUUCCAGAGUUCACUGAAGAAUUGGAGCAGGACUAGCAAGUUCCAUGGAUCUCCUCCUCUACAGCAGUGGUGUCAGACCAAGAGUGCAUUAUACUACCAAGUCAAGCAAGUAUCAGACAUUCAUGGUCUUCCCUGAAGCUGAACACAACCUUGAGGAAACAUCAAUGCUUGCAUAACCACUUAGCCUGUUGGAAGAUUGUUAUGAGAUUUGCCUUAGACUCUCAAAGAUUUCACACUGGAAAUCAACUGACCCCAUCACUGCUGCCCAUACACGGAUUAUGAAAACAACCUCAAAAAAGAGGAAACCUAGCUGUUGAUAGCCAUCCAGGCACACUGAAAAAUGGUCUUGCUGCUGCCUGAACUCUCCAAGACUCAACACAAGAUGAGCAAGCUCUAAAGAAGAGUUGGAAGCUGAAGUGCAGUAAUGGGACCUUCCUUCACUGAAUAAGUUGAUGCAAUACAUGGAUCAUGGAAGUUGGAAACACAGUAGGAAGCAAAUGAUGCUGAACCAUACCACUCAAGUUAAACUAGCAUUUUCUCUUCUGCACAAUGGGGAUUGCUUCAAACUUUCUUCGUGCUACAUAUAUGGGAUUAUCUUAUCUGACCAGUGGCUUCUUAGACUGAAAAUAACCAUCCAACCACUUUGAAAACAUGCAACGAUUACUUCUCAGCAUUUCACAAUCCCACAAAGUCCCUUAGACAGAAAAUUCCUGUCCCACAUGAAGAGGAAUUUGUGGAUUGACCUAUACCAGACGAAGAAACUGAGUCACAGACUUCUGUCGUGCAGCCUCUUAGAAGACUUCUAAGACUGCUGACAUGCCUGACAUGGACAUUCAUAAAAUGUGUAUUCUAGAUUGUGAUUUCAAGUGUGGUGCCAAGGAAGAAAUCUGAGCAACUGAACAUAUGCUUGAGAAGGAGAGCCAGCUUGGGACUCUCAUGCAGGCAUUUGGAAAAUACUCAGAUUGCUGCCUCACCUACCACACAUUCACUACAGUGGACAGAUGUUUGAGUCUCCGAUGAAGAGCUGGAAGAUGAUAAGGAAGUUCCUGGAAUGCGUUCCACUGUAUGAGUUUGAGGCCUCAGAGUUAAGGAAUAGCAAGGAGAGUCUGGAAAACAGCCAUCAGUCUUGAGGGCAUUCAUCAGAACAUCAGAAGUGGACUGCUCCUAACCUUAGUGCCCUGAACAGGAUGACUGAACACCAAACUGUGAGGUGGAAAAAGUGACAGACACCAGCCUCGCUCUUGCAAUAAUGUUCAGAUUACUGCAUAUCCUUCUGAAGAUGCCCUAGAUGAUAUUGUUACUUUGUUGUUGUUUUGAUUGUUGUUCUCUUUUUGGUAUUAUUGUUUGCUUUUAAGUUUAAAGAGGACACCUUGAUAUUUUUUGGUAUGUUAAUUAUCUACUGGCAUUAAACUCUGGCAACCAAAUGAAUAAAUGUUCUACUCUAUUUGGAAAUCACAACAUAUGCAUAUCUUCCACCUUCUUGUAUCAAAGACAUACCGUAAUUCUAUUUUACAAAUGCAGUCAUUUUACCAACAUAUGUUCUGUGUGUGUGUGUGUGUGUGUUCAAAAC